UAUGCAGUUAUGUCAAUUUGUGUGCGAUAGCCCUUAUUUUUCUCUCUGCGUAAGCUGUCAGUGAGUGAAAAUAAUUCAUUUCGCGUUUUACAGUUUUACAGCCAUAUUCUUACAGAAAUUGUAGACGAGCCUUAACGGUUUUACAUCAAUCCACUGAAUUUGUUUUACUUCAAAGUAUUUCUGAGCGAUAUAGCUAUGGAGAUACCAGAAGCUACUUCUUUUUUUUGGAAACAAGGCAGAAUAAAAACAUUCAACAAUUGGCCUUUUACAAUAUCCGAUAAGUGUAAUUCGGAAUGCAUGGCUGCUGCUGGAUUUUAUGCCAUUGGAAAUAAUGAUGAACCAGACUUGGUAGAAUGUUUUAUGUGUGGCAAACAACUAGAUGGUUGGGAACCAGAUGAUGACCCAUGGGAUGAGCAUGUGAAACAUCAAUCAAAUUGUUCAUUUGUUAAAUUAAAUAAGCAUGAUGAAAAAGAAUGGACAGUGGAUGAAUUAUAUGAUUUAUAUAAAAAGUUUAAGAUAAAAGAAUAUAUGUACAAAUUAAAUAAAAAUAUUAACAUGAUAAAGGAUGAAGCAACACAAUUAAAAAGUGAGUUAUCUUCUUUAUAUAAAACAUCAUAGAAGAAUGAAAA